AUGUUUGGAAACCCCCCGAACCGAUCGCGCAUACCCGCGUGGCAAAUGAGAUUUCAUAACGAACAAGAACAGAGGGAUAAGAAAGAGCAUCAGCAGAAGGGUCACGACGACAAGGCUGACCGAGGUGGUACCGAUAGCCAAGACGUCGAGGCUGUCAAGGCCGCCGCCCCUAGAUACCCCCUGCACAGAUACCCACCUCCACAGUUCUUCGCAUGCCCCUUUGCGAAGUACGAUCCAGCUCGGUAUAUGAGUUGCCUAGGCCUUACACUUCGCCGCCCAUCAGAUAUCACACAACACAUUAGCAGAUUGCAUGUGCUGAGAGACGAUGUUCCCGAGUCACGUCAAAAUAUCAGACCAGACAAGAUAUGUGUUUACUGUACAUGGUGCCGCCAAGAGUUCCAUGGACAGGGUGCUGAGAGGAGGCUCCGCGACCACACGACGGCUUGUAAAGCCAGCAAAAAACCAGCGUCUAUUGCGGAAGCAGGGGUUUUGUUGCCUCAUGAAUAUGAGUUAGUUCUGUCAGUGAGGAACAUGGCGCAUGAUAGCACUGCGAAGUGGAACGCAAUAUGGCAUGGAUGUUUUCCUCAAACACCAGCGCCGUCGCCAUACGUCGAGAUCGCUGUUUCAAGAGCAGAGGCUCAGCGAAUACUAGAACAACUUCUAGCAUCGCCUGCCGCCAACCCUUGGUCUUCCGUGGAAAUCAAGCAGUCUUUCAUCGAAAGAGCUUUGGUUGCAAUCUACGCUGGCCUACCGUUCCCUGAACCCGAACCCCUUAUCACCGACGCAAGCACUAUACUUUCCGCCAACCAAAGCACAUUUGAUGUCUCGAAUGAAGGACCCUUCACUCCACCCGGGUCCCUCGAUGAGGUAGGCGACAUGGAACAAUGGACACGUCCCCUCAAGAUCGCAAUUCUUGAUAUUGACUAUGACAAAGUCUAUGAUAUCUUGAGGAACUCGUUUGAUAAAGUUACUGUUGGAGAGUAUUCGUGGUUGUUGGAGCUGAAAGCAUUAGGUCUUUCGAUGGAUGAAAUCGCUGAUGAACUACUGGAAAAAGCCCAGCAUGGGCCUUGGAUAUACUCCAAGAUCGACGUGCACGAUGUUGGAUCGUACGUGCACGGCUUUCAUCUUCAAAGAUGUCUCCAUACAAGCAGGGAGGAUGAAACAAUGCGGGCAAUCUCGUUGCAUUCAAGCCAGAGUCUGAUCCGCAUCGAGACUGACCGCGAUGUCUCAAUUCGUGAUACUAUUGGCUACUUGUGCGGUGUUGGAGGGGUAAGUCCGAUGCCUGACGGGUCGCACAACCUCCAAUUUGGGUCUGUCAACUUUCAAAAUGCCAACUCGACUGCCAUCGUCUCUCUGAUGACUAGCCAAUCAGCCCAAGCUGUUCCAAAUGUUUUGCAGCAUCUACACAUGGCUAUCGGUGCCCUUCAGGAGGUCGGCGGUUGUUGCGACUCAUUCAGCUUUCUCGCAAGACGGGAGUCCUUUGUUGAGCUGGAACGUAUAUACCCUGACAUUACAUCAGAACCUGGGCCCCUAGUAUCACUUACAAAGUCAGAAGCCAAAAUCGAGGGUUUUAAUCAACUACUGCGGGACUCAUUGACGGCCCAGUUCCUUUCCCUCGCCUUUGCUCUUUACGCACAAGGUCAUUGCGAGCCUUUUGGGCCUUUUUUUCUAGAUACCCCACUGAAACGUAUACUGCUUUUAGGAAAUCAGAUUUGGGGUCCAACUUUCACUGGGCCAUGUAUACUUGCGACUCCAGUGGAUUUGAGCUGCUUUGGAGAAAUGAUUCAGCGCCAGGUCUUUGCCUUUCAGUACUUUGAUAAUUUUGAAAGGUCGAGGGUUUUUUCAGAUUGUGAUAAGAAGAUGGACUUGAAGGGAUGUCCUGAAGAUUUGCUUGAUACAUGGGGUCCUGGAGAUUUCAUUAUGCCGAAGGAUGACACGGAGAACCUCCACGCAAUAUCCAUUGGCGGUGGCUUGAUCACCUCCAUCUCGACAGAAGCAGAAAGCCAUCAAUUACCUGUUCUCCACUGGAGCACAGUAUCAGAAGAAAACAAGAAAUUCACUUCAACCUUCCCUCGCCAUGAAAAAAUGCUCAUCGGCUCAAGAGUCUCGAUAAACCUAGCCUGCAGAAUGACACCUCAAAAACAGGUUCGGGCGGCUGUUCCAUAUUUAAAGGAGCUAGGGACAUUCCCAAGCUACUGGGAAGUAUCUGAAAGGCAGCUAGGACUUGGCUUACAGGCUGGACAAAACGCUGUGGGGAUAGUAAACUUCGCCCAGACCUGGGUAAAGAGACUAGGCCAGACCAGAAAGUCCAGCAUUCUCUCCAAGAGAUACCUAGCCAUCGCAGAUCUAGAAGCACCUUUUGCUGUGCAGGUCAGCUUUUGUACCGGUAUCGCAAGACGGGUGCCCCUGCGAGAACUCUUAGCUGAUGUCUUACCCGUUUACGUUGCGGAUCUCGCUACACAGCCUUGCUAUUGGAAUAAACUUCAAGAAAGCGAUAUCUGCAAGAUGUUGAGAGACACUGAUUUCAGAACACGCUAUCAAAAGCUAGAUCGUGAACUGCAAGCAGAGUUCGAGACCCUCGCUAUUGCCACCCUGUUUGUACUGCAAGACACGGGUGUAGAUAGAAAGGGCGAGAACUUUGUUGUAGGUUGUAUUCCUCGAGGACUAGGAGCCCAAUGUUUCAAGAUCCCCAUCGAAAAGGAGAGCUUCUGGGCCCGAAUCCUUGCCGAUUCUGAAGACGUAGCGACUUUCGCUUAUAUGGCAACAAGUUGCUUCGAAACAGAUCUGGUGAAGUGCCGGGGUCCGAACGAGCAGUGGAUGAACACAACAGCUCUCUUCUCGACCGCUGUAUCACUCUGCCAAGACCGCAUAGCCGCGCAGGGAACAAUAGCACAACAGGCAAAUUGGACUUUGAAAGAUUCAGAAGCGUAUCUCAUUGGGCGAGUCGAUGCACCUUUACUCGUAAGAGUGAUUCGACCGAACAUGCAGGACGAGCCAGAAUUGUUGGUAUCAUUAAGCACAAUCAUUGCCCCGUUUUUGAGAAGGUGGAGCAGGAAGCAAGGGUUUAAGAGGCCGUGGAGAUUGCGAGAGAGCAGAGCUAUAGACCACCAGCAUCAAAUGGCCGAGAGUGUUGUUGUCAUUGCUGAUUUUGCGACUUCAUAA